AAAAAAAAAAAAAUGAUUCUUUUCUCCUUCUAGAGUUUGAAAUACUGAAAGCCCCAUCAUGAACCUAGAGCCGCCCAAGUCUGAGUUCCGAUCGGCCACUAGAGUGGUUGGAGGACCCGUUACACCUAGGAAAGGACCACCCAAAUUCAAGCAGCGGCAAACUCGUCAGUUCAAGAGCAAGCCCCCCAAGAAAGGUGUACAAGGUUUUGGCGAUGAUAUUCCUGGAAUGGAAGGCUUAGGAACAGACAUAACUGUCAUCUGUCCCUGGGAAGCCUUCAACCACUUGGAGCUGCAUGAGUUGGCCCAGUAUGGCAUUAUUUAGCUGACCCUUCCAACUAGGGGCCCAGGAAGACAGCCCCACCUUUGCAGUCUUAUUCUCCUUUAUCCCAGAAUUUCCCAUGUGAUGAACCCCACUUCUCUGCUCUUUUCCAAGUUCCAUUUAGAAAUCAGGUCCAGAGAAGAAUUCCUCCUUCUUAGGUUUCUUGAUCUUUGUGUCUGUAUCAGGAGGACUGAGCCUUUACUGUAAAACUGAUUCAAGGCUGGCAGAGACUUAGGCACGAGAUUGAUUUUUUAGGUUAAAGCCACAUUUUAUUCAGCCACCUCACCUCCUUUCCCUUUAUUGACUUGUUCAGCUAACUGUCCUCAGAAAAUUAACGAGGAAGGAUGCUUUCCACCUCUUUACAGAGGAACAUGGAACAAAGAAUGAGACAUAUAUUUUCAGACACAAUCAAUAUGUGAAUUUGUCAGUCUAAGGAGGGGAGGGAGUAUUAGCAGUAAAUACUGACCUUAUAUCCCAAGUAAUCUGUGAGUAUAAUUUUACUCCUGGAAGAAACUUGCUUACGUUUCAGGGAACUUCCCAUUGAAAAACAGACCUCUCUUCUUCCUGGGACAAGAACAUUUUUGAUAUGUAGGGGAAAUUGAUUAAGCUUCAUAACUAGCAUUUACAGGAAAAAUACAUGAUAGAAAUCCAGAAUUCUUUGUUUUCCUUCCUUGGGCAUUGGGAACAGGGAAUCCAAGACUGAAUGAUGAUAUAAUUUGAUUAGAGAAGGCAUUAUCCCAUUUGGCAGAGAUAGAAUCAGCUGAUACAUCCAUAGUAACUAACCCACUCUGCUAUGUGUAUUGUCUCCCCCAUUAAAAUGUAAACACUUUGAGGGAAAGAACUGUCUAUGCUUUCAUACUGGUAUAGGACAGCUCUUAACACAAUGCUUGGCAAACAAUUAAUAUUUUGUUAUUAAUUUUCUCUAAAUAAUUUUGGUAUUUUGGGGGGCACAAGUUUUUACUGGCAAAGAAGAGAACGAGGCCCAGAGGGAAACUGAGGCAUCGACCACUUUCCCAACCUCUUCUUCCAUUUUGUUUCAGUUAUUUGCCCCUUGGAUCAGAUCAGAGACAUUUCAGGUCUCUGAGGUCUUGAGAAACAGGAGAGAAAGAAAAAAAAAAUCUAACCCCUUAUAGGAAAUUUCU